AUGACUUCAUGGAAGAGUCUUCAAGAUCCUUCAAGUAGAGAUUUCACUUACAGUGUAGACGUUCAUGGACUUUCACAGCUAGUUCUGUGUAAAGGAUCGGAAAUAAUAUAUCGAAGUGCUCCAUGGGAUGGUGUCAGGUUUGGUGGAUGGCCUCCGUUGCAAGAGAAUCCAGUCUUUAAUCCUAUUUUUGUCCAAAAUUCUGGCUUCGUUUACUAUGCUUUUGAACACAAUGAAAAUACUACCAUUUCACGGUUUGUGCUGAAUCAAUCUAGCUUGAUUAGGCAUUUAACAUGGAAUCCAAGGCGUGGUGAAUGGGUUGUUAUAUUCACAUUACCAACUGAUCAAUGUGAUAUAUAUGCACCACGUGGUCCUAAUGGGGUUUGCAAUAUAAAUAACUCCCUUCACUGCAAAUGCAAAGAAGGGUUCACACCAGAAGUUCCUCAAGACUGGGAUAACUUGGAUUGGUCCAGUGGUUGUGUCAGGAAAACGCCACUGAAUUGUACUUCUGAUGAAGGGUUUAAGAAGUUUCCAGGAUGA